AUAUAUAUAAUACAUUCAUGCAAACUUCCCAAAAAGUAAAAUCCUCUCUCGCUCUCAACUACACACCUGCUCUUCCCUCCCUCUGCGAUUUUUCAAAUCCUCGCGAAAUUAGGGUUUUCGAUUUCUUCUCCGGCGUCUUCUCCGGCGUCCUCUUCGUUGAAUUCACUCCAAAUUUCUCGCAAUAAUUGGGAUUAAUCAUCAAUUCCAAUGAAGAUCAUCGGUUCCGUCGAAUCUCGAACGAUGACCUCACCGGGGAGAAGCCCCAAUCGGGAUACGAUCUCAAAUCUGUCGGAAUUCCUGCCGGAGAUCUUGGUCUCCAUAGCGAAACUCUGCACUUCAAUCCACGACUACAUCUCUUUCCGCGGGGUUUGCCGUUCAUUCAGAUCGGCCGCCACACUCGAAAACUUCGACCGGGAAUGGACCGGGCGGCUUCCUUGGCUCAUGCUCGUUUCUCGAGGGAGAAUAAAGGAAGAAGAGAGUAAAGAAAUUCUCGACAGAAAUUACACGAGAGUUGCCGAUUUAGUCGACCUGUUCGAGAAAAAGACUUACAAGAUCGCGAAUUUCCCCCCACUCGAUCGAUCAAUGUACCCGUCUUCGAAGGGGUGGAUCCUCUGUUUUUCCUCUGCAGAUAUCUAUCUGACUCAUCCAGUGUGGCGGAUUAGAAUCUAUCUCCCCGGUUUGGAGACUUUUCCUCCCGAAACCGACGAAUCUCCGAUUUCCAUUAGCAAGAUUGUUUUAUCCGAUAGCCCCGCGGUGAAGACCGAUCUGUUGGUUAUGGUGAUUUGGGGAGAGAAGAAUCAGUUGGGUUUCUGCAGGCCCGGGGACGACUCGUGGACCGUGAUGGAUUCAUCGGAGGUUCCGUUUUGCGAUAUCAUCUAUCACAAACGGAAGUUGUACGCGGUUGAUUCUGAAUCGAGGGUGGUGGAAUGCGACGUCCACGGUAAAAAUCCAGUCCAACUACGCCAGGUUUUCAGCAUGCCGCCCGCGCGCGACGAUGUCGAUCCCUCACCUCCGCACGGAACGUACUAUUUGGUGGAGUCGUUGGGGGAAAUUCUAAUCGUGGAUCGACAAACGUACAGUGUUGAAACUGUGCUCUUCAAAGUUUACGGAUUCGACUUGAUGGAUGGUUGUACUGAUCGUCGUAAGGAGAUUCGCGACCUCGGGAACAGGGCGUUGUUUGUGGGUUCUAAUUCUUCGUUCUCGGUCGAUCUUUCCAAACGGGACGGUGUAAAGCGUUCUAACGGGGUAAAGCGUUCUCAUUCUUCCUUGCCCGUUGCGUUUUCUUCUCAAUUGGAUGAUGUGAAGCCGAAUUGUAUAUACUUUACAGAUCACAGUGUGAGAACUAAUGGUUUGGAUAACGGUGUGUUUUGCUUGUCGGAUAUGAAGACCGAACGUUAUAUUGUUCGAUGUGACAUUUGCGCCUUUCCUACGUGGGUUUUGCCUAGCUUUUGAUUCCGAUCCGGAAAUUAGCUCCGUUUUCUUGGGUGCUUUUAAACUGCUUCGGAAACUUACGUAUGAAGAGAAUUUCCGGUUGUUAUAAGUAGGAGUUCUUGCGAGUAAAAGCUAGUCGUGAAAUUCUUGUUCUGUAUCUAGUUUAG